CAAGUAUUAAAAAUGUUAAGAGGAGCCAAAGAUUCAGCCCCAUCAACCUUUAGCAAUAGUGGUCCAAAGCUUUCAGGAUCCGAGAAACAGCGUGAUACCAGAAUGAAUAAUAUCAUCGCAGCAAAAGCAGUAUCAGAUGUUGUCAGAACCUCACUUGGUCCAAGAGGAAUGGAUAAAAUGAUCCAAGACUCAAACAAGAAAGUUUUGAUUACCAAUGACGGAGCCACAAUUUUGAAACAAAUGGAGGUAGUCCAUCCAACCGCAAGAAUGCUUGUUGAGAUCUCUAAGUCUCAAGAUAUUGAAGCAGGAGAUGGAACCACAAGUGUUGUAGUAAUCGCAGGAGCCCUCUUGAAGGCUUGCCAGACUCUUUUGGAUAAAGGAAUUCAUGCUUCUUCAAUCUCUGCAGGACUCCAAGUUGCAUUGGACAAAGCUGUAGAAGUGAUUGAUAGCAUGAGCAUUCCAGUUGAUUUGAAUAAUAGAGAAAGUUUGAUCCAAAAUGCUACUACUUCCUUGUCAUCCAAGGUCGUCUCUCAAAAUGCCGAUAUUCUUGCUCCACUUGCUGUUGAUUGUGUAAUGAAGAUUAUCGAUAAGGAGAAUGACACUAAUGCCGACCUCAGAGAUGUUUUUGUAGGAAAGGUAGUUGGAGGAACUGUUGAUGAUACUCAAAUGAUUGAUGGAUGCGUUCUUGUUGAUAGGAAGGCAUGCACCAGCGCUGGAGGUCCAACCAAGAUGGAGAAUGCCAAGAUUGGUCUCAUCCAAUUUCAGCUCUCUGCUCCAAAGACUGACAUGGAAAGCAGUGUUGUUGUCCAUGAAUAUACUGCUAUGGAUAGAAUCCUCAAAGAAGAAAAGAAGUACAUUAUAAAAAUGAUCAAAACUAUUGUUAAGAGUGGAUGUAAUGUUCUCUUGAUCCAGAAAUCCAUCAUGAGGGAUGCAGUCAAUGAUUUGGCUCUUCAUUUCUUGGCAAAGAAAAACAUCUUAGUCGUAAAAGAUGUUGAGAGAGACACUGUUGAUUUUGUUUCAAGGACAACUGGAUUAACCCCAGUUGCAUCAAUUGAGCAAUUUACUGAGGAAAAAUUGGGAACUGCCGAACUCGUUGUUGAUGACAGAUCAUGCAGAUCAGUCAGAAUCACUGGAUGCCCUCCUCAAGCUGAAGGAAGAAAGACUGUCUCAGUACUUGUUAGAGGAUCAAAUCAACUCAUUGUUGAUGAAGCUGAGAGAUCUUUCCAUGAUGCUCUCUGUGUCGUAAGAAGUUUGGUAAAGAAGAGAGCCCUAGUUCCAGGAGGUGCUGCAGUAGAAAUGGAGGUUUCUCAAAAACUAAACUUGUACUCAAGGGAGAUUUUUGGAAUUGAUUCUUAUUGUGUUAAAGCUUACUCUGAAGCUCUCGAAAUUAUUCCAUACACCCUCGCUGAAAAUGCUGGAUUAGACCCAAUCAAAUUCGUCACUGAACUGAGAAAUGCUCAUACUAAAGGAAAAACUACUGCCGGAGUAAACGUGAAGAAGAACAAGAUCUCUGACAUGAUUGAACUUGAAGUUGUCCAGCCAGCUCUCGUAUCAAUUUCAGCAUUCACUCUUGCAACUGAAUGUGUCAGAAUGAUUCUCAAGAUUGAUGAUAUCGUACUCUCGUUCUAAUACAUAACCUAAUACACACUUUAAAUUAUAA